AUGCAAAAAUUAGAGGAUCAAUCCUUUCAAGCACAAGUAUCUAAAUCAUUGACAUCAUUUAAGGGAAAAGAGCAUCAAAUUGCACAAGAAUAUACGGAACAAGAGGCAUCAGUGCUUCAAUCAUUAUUAGAUCGUCAGCUGGGACCGGAAUAUAUUUCUUAUCGUCCAGGAGUAAAUGGUUCAAAAGUUCAUUAUCUUGAAGCGUGGAAAGUGAUUAAUUUGGCAAAUGAAGUAUUUGGAUUUAAUGGAUGGUCAUCUAGUAUCCAAAAUAUACAAGUUGACUAUAUAGAUGAAUUCAAGGAGUCAGGACGAUUAAAUCUAGGAGUAUCUGUAAUUGUUCGUGUAACUCUAAAAAAUGGUAUUUAUCAUGAAGAUAUUGGUUAUGGUUGUGUAGAAAAUUUUAGAGGAAAAGGAGCAGCAUUUGAAAAAGCCAAAAAAGAAGGAACUACAGAUGCAUUAAAAAGAGCAUUGAGGACGUUUGGCAAUGUUCUGGGGAAUUGUCUUUACGAUAAAACUUAUUUGAGAGAAAUCGGAAAAAUACAUGUAACAAAAAACAAAUUCGAUAUUUCUGAACUUCAUCGCCAUCCAAGUGCUUUUAAUAAAUUUCCAAAUAAUCUUACAAAACCAUUUGAGUUGAAAGAAACACCAAUUGUAGCACAGCCCGAGAAAAAUAUUCCAUCGAAAGAUACCCCUACAUUAGCGAAGGAAUCAGAACUUUAUGAAGAUGGCGAUGAAUUUGACGAUAUAGAUUUCCAAGAAAUAGAUAAACCUAUAGAUCUUGAAUUUUGUCAUCAAUCCGAAUACGAUAUUGAAGAUACUUUUUCAAAUUUUUCCCAUUCAGACCUAGUUGAUGAUAAUAUUCAUACAGCAGAAGAGCAUCAUACUACAUCUGUAAAUUUAUCUAAGAAUGGACGCUUUGAACAAAAAUCUGCAACAAACCUUUCACAUAAUUUUACAAAUACUCUACGAAAAAAGGAGACAGAAAAAGAAUCUAAACCAUAUUAUUCCUUAAAUGAACCACAUAAAAUUCCUCAAAACUCUACCUCUACUGAGCAAAACACUGAACAUCCACCAAAUUAUAUUCCAAUGUUUGUUAAUACACGAUCUGUACUUACCAAUUCCAAAGGUGUUGUUGAUGUUUCUUCUGGCGUAGCAUUUAAUCCACAUAUCGAUAGUCCUUCUUUAAGAAAAACGCCAGGAUUAGAUCAUACAAAAUCAACACCCAUAAGACGUCAAAAUGCAUCAGUAAAUACAACCCCUUCAAUAACCAAUCGAAUUAAACAACCACCUACUUCUCGACUUGUUGGCGCACCCCCAACAAAUACUCGACAUUAUCAUCAAGACCCUUUUCAAUCAACGAGUACAAAACGUCUUGCAAACAAUGAUACUUCUAGGUGUGAUUCUUCAUUUGUUUUAAAUGAAAUGUCUGAUCCUGUAUUAAAUCAACAAGAACCUUUUUCUAAAGAAAACGAUAAAAACAACAUAUAUAACUCAGAUACAACAAAUUCGACUGCUUCAAAGAGAUACAAAACUUAA